AUGUCCUCUACAGCAACUCAACCCAACCAAGUUAUCGUGGUUGGUGGCGGUCUUGCAGGGUUUUCUGCUGCUAAUAGUAUUCUUGAGCAUGGUGGUAACGUUUUGCUCAUUGACAAGUCAGCGUUCUGUGGCGGUAACUCCUCCAAGGCUACUUCUGGCAUCAAUGGUUCGUGCACCAGAACUCAGAAGAAACUUGGUAUCGAGGAUUCGAACAAGUUGUUCGAAUUUGACUGCAUGAAGGGUGGCUCCAAGAGUCCUGAGCUUAUUAAUACCAUGGUUGAGCAUUCCGGCUCCUCGGUCAACUGGCUCAUGGACAACUUCGAUCUCGAUCUUUCUCUUCUAUCUCGUUUGGGUGGUCACUCUGUUGAGCGUACCCAUCGUGGUAAGGAGCGUUUCCCUGGUAUGACUAUCACUUACGCCGAGAUGCAGAUGGCAGAGGCUAUUUCCAAGGCCCUACCUGAUAGAUGCCAGAUCAUCAAUAAGGCCCGUGCUACCGAGUUGCUCACCAACAAAGAAGGUGACGUGAUUGGUGUUCUGUAUACGACUAACGAUGGUCAAUCACAUAAGGUUUUCGGUCCGGUCGUCCUCGCAACUGGUGGAUACGGUGCCGAUUUCACUAAGGAUGGUCUCUUGGCUAAGUACCGUCCUGACUUGCUCAAGUUGUCUACUACUAACGGAGAGCAUUGUACUGGUGAUGGCAUCAAGAUGGGUGUUGCAGCCAAUGCUGAUGUCGUUGAUCUCGAGUGGGUACAGGUUCAUCCUACCGGUCUCGUAAACCCCAAGGACCCUGACAGUAAGGUCAAGUUCUUGGCUGCUGAGGCUCUUCGUGGUGUUGGUGGAAUCUUGCUCGAUGCUGAUGGUCAUCGUUUCUCCAAUGAGCUUGGCCGUCGUGAUUAUGUGUCCGAUAAGAUGUUCCACAACAAGGGUCCCUUCCGUUUGGUAUUGAACACUGCUUCGGCCAACGAAAUUCGCUGGCAUGUUGAGCACUACAAGGGCCGUGGUGUCAUGAAGGACUUCGACAGUGCUUACGAUCUCGCUAAGGAGAUGGGCAUUCCGGCUUCUACCUUGGAGCAGACCUUCAAGGAUUACAAGGAGGUUGCCAGUAAGCAGGAGGCCAACCCCGAUGGUGGUGAGUAUGAUGCUUACCCGACCGGCAAGACCUUUGACAAGUUCGGCAAGAAGUUCUUCACAAACUACGACUUCAAGAUGGACGAUCACUAUAGCGUCGCCAUUGUCACUCCUCUUGUUCACUACUGUAUGGGUGGUCUUAAGAUUGACACGGUUGGUCGCGUCAUCAGCAAGGAGACGAAGAAGCCAAUUCGUGGUCUCUACGCUGCUGGUGAAGUUAUGGGAGGUGUUCAUGGCAACAACCGUUUGGGUGGUAACUCCCUCCUCGAUUGUGUUGUCUACGGCAGAAUUACCGGAAAGGACGCCUGUAAGAAUUUCCUUCCUGCUCGAGAAGACGUGCCUCUGAAGGAUCUUGCCCUCGGUCGUACGAAGCCCAAUAAGCGUGCCAUUAUUGUUGGUGGUGGUUUGGCUGGUUUCAGUGCCUGCAAUUCGAUUCUUGAGCACGGUGGCAGCGUGUUGUUGCUUGAUAAGUCUGCUUUCUGUGGUGGUAACUCGUCUAAGGCCACUUCUGGUAUCAAUGGAUCUUGCACUAAGACUCAGAAGAGACUUGGCAUCAAGGAUUCCAAUGAGCUGUUCGAGUUCGAUUGCAUGAAGGGUGGUUCCAAGAAUCCUCAACUCAUCAAGACCAUGGUUGAAGCUUCUGGCCCUUCCGUUGACUGGUUAAUGGAGAACUUCGAUCUCGAUCUUUCUCUACUCUCUCGUUUGGGUGGUCACUCUGUUGAGCGUACCCAUCGUGGAAAGGAGCGUUUCCCUGGUAUGACUAUCACUUAUGCCGAAAUGCAAAUGGCCGAGGCUAUCUCCAAGGCCCUGCCUGAUAGGUGUCAGAUCAUGAACAAGGCUAGGGUGACCGAUCUCAUCACUGGGGAUGACGGUGAGGUCAUUGGUGUUCGCUACACUAAAGAUGGCAAGGAACGUUCCGAGUUCGGUCCUGUCAUUCUUGCAACGGGUGGUUUCGGUGCUGAUUUCUCAAAGGAUGGGCUACUCGCCAAGUAUCGUCCCGACUUGCUCAAGUUGUCCACUACCAACGGUGAGCACUGCACUGGCGACGGAAUCAAGAUGGGUGUAGCGAUUGGUGCUAAGGCAAUUGAUCUCGAGUGGGUACAGGUUCAUCCUACCGGUCUCGUGAACCCCAAGGACCCUGACAGUAAGGUCAAGUUCUUGGCUGCUGAGGCUCUUCGUGGUGUUGGUGGAAUCUUGCUCGAUGCUGAUGGUCAUCGCUUCUCCAAUGAGCUUGGUCGUCGUGAUUAUGUUUCCGAUAAGAUGUUCCACAACAAGGGUCCCUUCCGUUUGGUAUUGAACACUGCUUCGGCCAACGAAAUUCGCUGGCAUGUUGAGCACUACAAGGGCCGUGGUGUCAUGAAGGACUUCGACAGUGCUUACGAUCUCGCUAAGGAGAUGGGCAUUCCGGCUUCUACCUUGGAGCAGACCUUCAAGGAUUACAAGGAGGUUGCCAGUAAACAGGAGGCCAACCCCGAUGGUGGUGAGUAUGAUGCUUAUCCGACCGGCAAGACCUUUGAUAAGUUCGGCAAGAAGUUCUUCACGAACUACGACUUCAAGAUGGACGAUCACUAUAGCGUCGCCAUUGUCACUCCUCUUGUUCACUAUUGCAUGGGCGGUCUUAAGAUUGAUACUUCUUCUCAUGUCAUUGGCGAGGGCGAUAAGCCUAUUCGCGGCCUGUACGCUGCCGGUGAGGUCAUGGGAGGCGUUCACGGCAACAACCGUUUAGGUGGCAAUUCUCUACUCGAUUGUGUUGCCUAUGGUCGUAUCUCCGGCAAGGAUUUGAUGGAUACUUUCUUCCAAUCUGCCAAGCCCGUAGCUUUGAAGGAUUUAGCUGCUGGAAGAACGGAGCCUCGUAGACCUGCGAUAGUUGUUGGUGGUGGUCUUGCAGGUUUCUCUGCCGCUAACACCAUCUUGGAACGAGGUGGCGAAGUUAUCCUCAUCGAUAAGUCUGCCUUCUGUGGUGGUAACUCGUCCAAGGCCACUUCUGGUAUCAAUGGAUCUUGCACUAAGACUCAGAAGAGACUNNNNAGACUCAAGAGAGGCUCGGUAUAA